AUGCGUAUAUUUGUGCGUCUGAAAACAUGUUCGAGUAACUGUUUGAGAGCACACAGUCUGUCCGCAGCGCCCAGUGACUGUCGUGUGUGUCUUCAGUGUCUGUUCACAUGUUCUCUUCCUAUCUCUCUCUUUCACUCAUUAACUGUUUCUCUCUUUCUCCUUCAAUCUCUUCCUAUCUCUCCAUCUCCUUCUUUUACUUACCAACUAUUUCUCUCUCGCUCUCGCACUCCCUUCCUAUCCCAUUCUCGAUUUCUUAUUCUCUCUCCACAUUAUAUUCUCCCCCCCCCCACUCUCAGUUCUGAUCUUUCAACCUCUGUCUAUUUUUUCUCUUGCACAGUCUUUAGCUUUCUCUCUCGUCAUCACUCGCACUCUCUUUCUCUCACAAACUUUUUCCUAUUCCCUCACACUAACAAGCUCUCUUUAUUUUUCUCUUUCACACUAUUUCUCACUCCCUCUCUCAUUCUCCCAUGGUCUCUUUACUUUUCCAUCUCUCUCACCCUCUCUCUCUCUUUCUCUCUUCCUCUCUCUCUCUCUCCCUCAUUUUGCUAA